UGGGAGGCAGGAGUAGGUGUGCUGGGACACCAUUCUGACAAGACGAUAGAUUCAAAAUGAAAGGCGUCCAUGGAGUACUGACUAAGGCCCUACUGGUGGUAAUUUUCUCAAAUGACCUUUGCAAAGGAACUUCAGAUAAAGAAAACACCUUGAAAAUGGAUGAAGCCUUGCUAACAGUCCACAACCAACUGACAGAAGACAUCACAGUGCUCUAUGCCUCAGACUACUGCCACAAGUGUCUGUACCUGCCAGUGGUCAGUGUGAGUACAGGACAGAAGAAUGCAUCUGUAGUGGUCAGCACGCUGUUCACCCUCACUCUAAAGGUUGAGCCGGACUCUCGAAACCGGACUUUAUGCAGGUGGACGCAGACUUUUGAGGAGGCAGGACAUUAUUCCCUCUGGGUCACUCAGUAUGAGACACCCAGCGAUCUGACCUGCUUUCUGUCCGUGGACAAGAGUCCAAAUAACAGCUACCUACCUCUCCUGGCUGCAGCUCUUCUUCUGGCUUUUCUGUCUCUCCUAUGGACAGUGGCACCAUACGUAUACAGAUGGAAGUGUACUUCAAAGAUCAUCAAUUUAAUUUCCUGCCAGCGCCCUCAAUUAUCUACAGAAAAUGAAGAUCUAUCUGCUGAGAUUAGUAGCCAACCAAGAUCCUCGCGGCUAAAGUCACUGGACACCUUCCGAGGGUUCUCUUUGACGCUCAUGGUGUUUGUGAACUACGGAGGAGGAGGCUACUGGUUCUUUCAGCAUGCUCCAUGGAACGGUCUAACUGUGGCUGAUCUUGUGAUGCCUUGGUUUGUGUUCAUCAUCGGCACGUCGGUAGUGCUGGCCUUCAGCUCCAUGCGGCGGAGAGGCGUGGGCCGCCUGCAGCUGCUGAGGAAGCUGUCCUGGAGAUCCAUGGUCCUGAUUCUGAUUGGCUUCUGCUUCAUCAACUACAGCCCCAGAGAUGGACUGUUGGCAUGGUCCUGGUUACGGAUUCCUGGAGUUCUGCAGCGUUUGGGCUUCACCUACUUUGUUUUGGCUUUGAUGCAGACCUUCUCAGCCCGAACAGACGUCCCUCUGAAACAGCAUAACUGGUGGAACCCUAUUCAGGAUGUGGUGUUAUACUGGCCCGAGUGGGUCUUCAUCGUUGCUCUGGAGACGGUGUGGUUGUGUGUCACCUUCCUGCUACCUGUCCCCGGCUGCCCCACUGGCUAUUUAGGAGCCGGUGGUAUUGGAGAUGAAGGGCUGUUCCCCAACUGCACCGGAGGAGCAGCUGCAUAUGUAGACAAGUGGUUGUUGGGAGACAACAUAUACUGGCAUCCAACCUGCAAGGCCCUGUACCGAUCGACACAGCCCUUUGACCCGGAGGGAGUUCUGGGAACAAUCAACUCUGUGGUCAUGGGUUUCAUGGGGAUGCAGGCUGGGAAGAUUCUCCUGUUCUUUCGUCCGAAGAAUCACAACGUCUUGAUCCGAUUCCUUGUUUGGGCCAUUCUGCUGGGAACCUGCGCAGCCAUCCUUUCUAAGUGCACACGAGACGAAGGAUUUAUACCUGUCAAUAAAAAUCUUUGGUCUCUGUCUUAUGUGACUUGCAUGGGUUUCAUGUCCUUCCUCCUGUUCGGAUUGAUGUACUUCAUCAUAGACAUCAAAGGCUGGUGGGGAGGUCAGCCUUUCAUAUAUCCAGGCAUGAACUCCAUCUUUGUGUAUGUGGGCCACUCUCUGCUGGGCUUCUACUUCCCAUUCACCUGGGAGAUGCGCUACCAAGAUAGCCACUGGGAAGGGCUCUUUAAGAGCCUAUGGGGCACCUUCCUCUGGGUCCUGAUCGCCUACCUCCUCUACAGAAAGAAAUUCUUCCUCAAAAUCUGAUGGCCCUCAUGGCCCCACCACCAGAUGAACCAAACCCCCCAACCUGGACCGACCACGCCGGGACCAUAAAAUCAAAUUAGGAAUAUUUUGUGGGCUUAAUUAACAAAUAGCUAUGCGUGUAAAAACCCUGGGAGGCCAGAUUUAUGGGUGACCGCGGACACCUGCGAUGUUUUAUUUGGUGUCUGCUCUGUUAGGGCUGAACGUCGCGAUUAAAUCAAAUAUACUGAAGUGGUACUUAACAAAUUAGAAGGAGCGAUUCCUCCACUCCAGGGGUAGCCAUUAUCAGUCGGUUGCCAUGGCCACUCCCCAGUGUUCUACAGCGGGGUAGAGGGGUAACCAUCUGCUCCUCAAGUGACAGUGCCUUAAUGGGGGUCAAGCUGGACGGCUGAGCCAGGAGUGUGGGUGGGUAAUAAGGCCAACCCCCCUCUCUGGCUCAUACUAAUGGAGAGUCAGAGAAAGAACAUGUCCACAGCCCACCCUCACCCACUCCACAGCAGAAACAAAAAAACACUGAUAUCUUUCUUUGGUUGCAUAUUGCCUCUUCAUUACUUCUUUUGUGUCCUUCUCACUCUCUCUUUCUCUCUCUCUUUUUUAAUUACUUUGCAUAUAAAGGACUAAGAAUUCAAAUAUUUAUGGUCUUGUUUA